AUGGAUCAGCACCGGAAGAGCAGCCUCAGGUCGUACGCGUCCAACGCCUCGUCCCGGUCGGGGUCCUUCGACUUCGACCACGACCAGGACAAGGAACGCGCCGGCCUGACCGGCGACGGCGACCGCCGGGAGGUCGUCGUCAAGAUCGACGCCGAGCCGCACUCUCCGGUCUCCCUCCACACGCCCGGCGGCGUGUCCGGGCACAGCUCCGCGGUCAGCACGCCGCGGGCCGGCGGCGCGGUGAGCAUUCUCGCGCCGUCUGCGUCCGGGUCGAGCGCGUCGACCUCCAGCGCCGGGGGCGACGCGUCCCGCUCAGGCGACUCGUUCAGUUUCAAGAACCGCCCGCCGCAGUCUCCGGCCAGCGGGGAGUCCAGCGAGGAUCCGCCGAGCCGCCUCAUUGGCAGCUUCCUCCGGAAGCAGGCGGCGGCUGGCGGCGAGCUGUCCAUCGACCCCGACUUCGAUGUGGACGAGAUGAGAAGGCCACCACGCGCGUCGACAUCUGCCAACGCCUCCAGGGAGCUGCGCGUCUCGUUCCAGGACCCCCGGAAACGGUUCUCCCCGUCCACGUCGACGGCGUCCUCCUCCUCCUACGACGCCGGCGACAACCGGAAUCAGAGCACCAUCGACUUGGACACUGCCGAGGUGCUACGCUGCACGUCGACGUCCACCGGUUCCUCCCUGCUGGCGCGCAGCAAGACGCGAUCGAGGCUAAUGGAUCCCCCGCCGCCGUCGACGUCGAGCGCCCCCGCCGGCGAGGGGGAUCCCCGAAAGUCAUUUGUCUCAAAGGGGCUGCCGCCCAAGUCCGGUCAGCUCCGGUCGGGUCUUAUCGGCAAGUCGGGGCUCAUUGGCAAGUCGGGGCCCAUCGGCAAGUCAGGGGGCUUCGACGAUGAGGACGACGACCCGUUCGUGGACGAGGGCAUGACCUCGGACUUCAAGCGCGACACCAUGGACUGCCUCCUCAUCAUGGAGUGGGUCAGCCUGGUGGUCAUCGUGGGCGCGCUCAUCUGCAGCGUCACCAUACCCAGCCUGUCCAGAAAGAAGCUCUCGGGGCUCCACCUCUGGAAGUGGGAGCUCCUCGUGCUCGUGCUCAUCUGCGGCCGCCUCGUCUCAGGCUGGGUGAUCCGCAUCGCCGUCUUCUUCGUCGAGCGCAACUUCCUCCUGCGGAAGAAGGUGCUCUACUUCGUCUACGGCGUGCGCCGCGCCGUGCGGAACGUGCUCUGGCUCGGGAUCGCGCUCGUGUCCUGGCACCUCCUGUUCGACAAGGACGCCAAGCGGGAGACGCACACGCUGGUGCUGACCUACGUCACCAAGGUGCUGUGCUGCCUCCUCGUGGCCACCGUGAUCCGCCUCGUCAAGACGCUGCUGCUCAAGGUGCUCGCCUCGUCCUUCCACGUCUCCACCUACUUCGACAGGAUCCAGGAAGCGCUCUUCAACCAGUACGUCAUCGAGACCCUCUCCGGCCCGCCGCUAGUGGACGAGAGCCGGAUGAUGGCUGAGGUGCAGAGGCUCCAGAGCGCGGGAGCAUCCAUCCCCAGUGAGCUCGAAGCGACAGCGAUGCCGGGCAAGUCUGGGCCACCCAAGAGUGGGCGCCUCACGACGGUCGCGUCCAAACGAGGAGGAGCAGGAGGGACCAGCAAGCAGCUGCAUAGGCAGAAGACCGAGCUCCAUCUGGAUGACGGCAUCUCGAUUGACCAGCUUCACAGGCUCAGCCAGAAGAACAUCUCUGCGUGGAGCAUGAAGAGGCUGAUGAAGAUCGUCCGGUACGGGGCGCUGACAACGAUGGACGAGCAGCUCAAGCAUGCAACGGGCGAGGACGAGCUGGCGACAGAGAUACACAGCGAAUACGAGGCCAAGGUUGCUGCCAAGAGGAUCUUCCAGAACGUCGCCAAGCCUGGAUCCAAGUGA